GCUUCUUUCCCACUGCAUGUCUGUGAGUAGGGCAGAGGUGCGCAACGUUGGCACUGCUCACUGUUGCGCGUCCCUCCUGAAAUCGAAUCAUAGGCUACACGAGGAAGAGAGAGGGCAAGCACCGCCACCAAAUCAAAGAAGCUGUGGCUAGAGAGAGCGCGAAACGCCCUAAAUCUGAUGCCUUUUUCCUUCACUUCACCGUAUUUCUGUAACUUGUUCGGUAUGUGUGACCACUGGAUACGCUUUUUGUCAUCAUGCAUCACCACGUACAAGAAGAUGCCUCCGCCGGUACCGCCGCGCACAACCCCGCCCAAGCCCUUUAUCUCCAUCACGGCCCAGAGCAGCACCGAGUCGGCCCAGGACGCCUACAUGGACGGGGGGUCAGGCCCCCGGACCCACAUCAGCACCUCCCAGCCCGGCCUGUCCAACUCCAGAGAGAGCAUCGACAGUAUGAAGGCCCUGACGGCAGCUAUCGAGGCAGCUAAUGCCCAGGUCCACGGCCCAGCCAGCCAGCAUGUCACCAACAGCACCAUCACCGCCACCAACAUUGCCUCCACCGACAGCAAGAGAGACACCCUCCGGAAGUGCCUCUCCAUAGGGAUACAGGUGGAUGGACCAGAGGAGGUUGGGGGGACAGAGGAGCACUCCAAGUUCCAGUCAGUAGGCAUCCAGGUGGAAGAGGAGAGAUGUUACCGCAGGAUGACCAGGUCCAACAGUGUGACCACGGCGGUCCAAGCCGACCUAGACGACCCUGACUACUGUCCCGUCGACGCCCCAGAGAUGGUGACACGCCACUCGGCCACCAUGCCCCGCCAGUACUCCCGGGACGCCGCCACCUCCACCGUCUCCAUCCAGGGCUCAGGCAACCACUACCACGCCCUGACCGUGGAGGAGUACGGCGAGGUGGGUUUGGACCCAUCCAUCCUGCCCCCGCCAGACCCCUGGAUGGACCAGGUGGAAGACCCCAUGGAGGUGGUGGGGGGACGGGGGUUGAUGUGUUCCAGGGACGGGAGGUGGUUCCUUAAGCUUCUUCAGGCCGAGAUGGAGCGCAUGGAGGGCUGGUGCCGGCAGAUGGUGCAGGACGAGAUGGAGAACGAGCUGCCGGAGGAGAUACUGGGGAAGAUCCGCAGUGCAAUAGGGAGUGCCCAGCUGCUUAUGUCUCAGAAGUUCCAGCAGUUUCGGGAGCUGUGUAAGGAGAAUCAGAACCCCAAUUCCCACCCGAGGCCCAGUUCCCAGGACCUAGCAGGUUUCUGGGACAUGCUGCAGCUGUCCAUCGAGAACAUCAGCCUGAAAUUUGAUGAGCUCCACCAACUCAAAGCCAACAACUGGAAACCCCUGGACCCCCCAGAGAUAAAGGAGAGGAGGUUUGCCCCUCCAGUGCCAAAGAAGGCCCACAAGGGCCACCCUCCCCUGGCCAGGGACCGUUCUCUGGAGAGCUCCGAGAGACAGCGGCUUGAGGCUCGCAAACGCCUGCUGGCCGCCAAGCGGGCCCUCUCGGUCCGACAGAGCUCGGUCACCGAGAGAGCAGCAGACAGUAUCGAGAUCUACAUCCCAGAGGCCCAGACCAGAUUAUGAGACACAUACAGACAUAGACACACACACACACACACAGCCAGAGACACACACACACACAAACCGACACACCUACAAAGGCGCACACACAAACACACACACACCGAGUGACACUGUCAAGAAACUCAUCUGCACUGAACGGCGAGGGUAGGGUGCUUGUAAUAUAAUCACAUUUAUCGACUUCCACAAAAACGGUCACAGCAGCCGGUGGAGUGAGAAUAUUGUAUAUUUAUUAACUUUUCCUCUUCUCUCCAUUUGAACCUCUCCUUGAACUUUCAGCUUUUCAUGUAGCUCCCCCCACUCCUUAGUCCCAAAGAUGUUUCUUCUUGUGAUGGCAACUCUUCUUACCGAUGUUCCGCCAACCAAAAGGCCUGUUGUCACCCAAACAGGUAUACCAGUACCACGGUAUUGAUGCAUAAUGUAUAAUUUUUCUGAUUCAUUGGAACAGAAGGGCAGUUAGGGAGGGAGGGGUAGUGUACUAGUGGGUAUAGACCGAGCGCUGUCAAGGCAUACUAGCUAAUCCUGUUGGGUGUCAGACAGCCUGAGACAGUGGCUUGUGUCCCACAUGACACCCUAUUCCUUAAAUAGUCCACUACUUUUAUGAAUUACCUAGUCAAAAGUAGUGCACCACAUAGAAAACAGGGUGCCAUUUGGAAUUCAUACCAGCCUCUCUCCUCUGGUGACCCUGGGGGAGGCUGUUAUUGUGACUCACAACACAAUGACAGCAGACAAUAGAGAAACCCAGUCUCUACUCCCCUGUUGGAUGCUACUGUCACAGGAUUUAUAACACACACACAUACACACAUGUGCAAGCACACGCACCCACACACACACACACCUGUUCUCGAGAGAGGUAAUUGACCUAAACCUGUUUGAGUAGUUAGGAGAGAACACCUGAGACAUAUCUAAGACCUUCUGGAGACACAGUACAAGGCAUCAAGACAUCUAGCAGCGACCAUUGCAACUGUCAGUUUUAAAUUAAUUUAGGAGUCAAUUCGAUGUGAGUUGACUCAGUCAUGCAUUGACGUCAAUGGGAGACUAAGUACAAAUGUCACUUCAGUAUAACUUAGGAUUCGCCUCUUAUUAUUGAAAAUCCAGGCAACAGCAGAUCUAUAUCUCUUGGCAUUGAAGUCACACACAAACAAAAAAAAAUGUCGAAGAAACAAUGAUUGGUUUUGAUGCAAUGAUUUUAGUCCAACACCUAUGAACACCUAGAUGUUCUAUUGGAGUCACCUACUUUUAUCACUCAUUGUUUUGUUAUUGCAUUUAAAACCGCAAAGCCGAGAGACUUCGUGCAGUAGCUGGAUCAACACAGUCGGAAGGUGUUCAAUGUAGACAAUAAUAUCAAUGUGCAAAAAUGACUUUCAAUUGUGAAAUCCAAACCUUUUAUAAAAUGGGAUUUGGGUAAAAGGAGUAGCGUAGUGAUUGAUAGUACUUACCAAUAAUCCAUACAGGUCUUUGUAGAGUAACCCAAAAAAAUAACUCAAAACAAGAAAGCCGGUAUGUGUCAGACAAUUACACUAUUCUUCCUGUUUCUCCAAAUGCAGUCUGUCCAGUUGGAGGAACAGUGGCUUGAUUCUGCUGCACUCUAUGUCUGACCUUUAUGGGUUAUAGGUCACAGGGUCACGUCAAUCUGUCUACCCCCAGAUGUGGUAGGAUUCUGGGGGCCGACAGCGCCAAUCCUGCCUGGCAGUUAGGUAUGGAGUUAGGUGAGCUCAUGACAAGCUCUCAGAAGAGAGGUCAGUGCUGCGAAAUCAGGGUCUGCCAGAAACAAAAGUGGUGAUAUUGUGUGUGUGUGUGUGUGUGUGUGUGUGUGGUGUGUGUGUGUGUGUGUGUGUGUGUGUG